AUGACCAAUGAUAGCACUUCUCCAGAUCCCUAUGUCGAGACUCCACUUUCCCGGGGACCACUUGCACAAGAACGAGCAGAGGACUGGGAACAAUAUGCUGCCAUUGUCAGCAGACACAGCCAGAAUUUGAUUAAGAAAGGUGGACCGGACCCUGCCAAUUGGCCUAAGCCCAAGAACACGAAUGGAAGUUUGGUUGUAAUUGGUUCAGGCAUCAAAAGUGUCUGCCAGUUUACUGUUGAAGCCCUUGGUUAUCUUAAGGAUGCUGAUCAAGUAUUCUAUCAUGUCGCUGACCCAGUAACGGAAAAUUACAUUAGAAAAAUGAAGCCAAAUGCCAAAGAUUUGUCUGUUUUAUAUGGUAACAAGAAAGAGAGGUUUGCAGUUAAUCUUUGUAUUUAAUUGAGCCUGACACAAAUCUUAAUCCGGUCGUUCCCCACCCAAAGUAAAGUUGAUGUUUAGUUGUCCAAUCAAAGUGUUCACGCUGUUAAUAUUCAAAAAAUGUUCUCCCAAUACAGCAGAUUAAUUUUUUCAGCAGAUUUCCGAUGAAAAAUUGAAAGCUUUGCGUUUUACACAGAGCUGCCAAUUUUGUGUGAGAUGUCCGCUGAUAAUAUGAGCCCGCACGAGUGGGAGAAAGUUUGCUACAUUUGACCAACGUGGUUUCAGGGAAAAUAUAAAUUUCACACAGUAACAACAAUCUAUACCAAAUAUGUAAUGAACAAUAGUAUAAUCUAAUUAUCACUAACCAUUCAGGAGACAGAUUACAAAUUCUUUCUCUGGUAGAUUUAUCAGGUGAAAAGCCGGAUUUUGACUUCUUUACAUGCGGCCAGACAGGGAAUUGUGUUUUCCCUUCCACCCAACCGCAUUUAAGGUAAUUCCGCAGUUUUGCAUUGCGCACUUUUACUGCGCACAUCUUAUAACUUAUAAUUCCAUCCAUUAUGUGUACCGUUUAAAAAAAAAUCAUUUUAUGACAAUUUUAUGUUACUUCAAAACAUCUUUGGUUACAUUCGUGCAAAGAAUUACGUUCAAAUCAAUGUUUUCAAAAAAGGCUUACAAAAGUGUACCUAGGGUUCCCUGUGUCUGUAGUAUAUUUAUUUACUUGUAUUUCACGUUUUAAUGCCACAAUUCCCUAAAAAGAUCGGUGACCACCGUUUUUUAACUGAUAAUUUAUUUCUUUAAUGCAUCUUACAUUUCAUAUCCGAAAUUAAAAGAUAAAUCAUUUCUGGAUCUUGAAAAAAAAAAUGCUUUAUCAAUGCAUGUUCUCAAAGAAAGAUAUGUAAAGAAAUGUGGAAAAGACAUUUGUGGAUCAGAAUUGUACACGUUAGCAGUAUUUUGCUCAAAACACAAUAUUUUUUCAAAAAUAAUUACAAGAUAGGUUUACUAAAGCAAAAUCCGCGCUAAAAACGUCAAUAAAUAUCGGGCUGUUGUGAGUUUGCUGUUACUCGUAAUGAGCGUCAAGAUGGCGCCAUAUUGGGGUAAAGGUGGUAUAUUGUGAUUGUCAUAUCUUCUUAACGAGUUCGGUGACCCCGACUUUUUUGUGUGAUUUUACUUUAAGUAUUUCAUAAACUCCAUGCCUGGUAAGUUGCAGCACAUUCUCAUUUCGGGAACAAUUACUGCGUAAUUAUAUGGUCUGAUACUCGGGCUAGUGUUGACUUAAUUAAAACUUGGCUUUACUCUUAUACAGUAUUGUCACUUUCAUAAGUUUCAAUUUAGUUCUCUAAUACUCACAUGUGCAAAGCUGUCUAAAACAGACAUAUCUGACCCAACUUUGAGAUGUCUAAACUUCCGUAGGAGGAGAUUUUGUCCAUGCAGGUACAUCGGGCUUCUAUGACUUCAAGAUAGUAUUACAUCUUCCUAAAAGCGUUUCAAAAAUCCUAAAUAGACAGAUUUCCAAGUUAGGAAAUGUAAAACCUCUAUACCUACCAACAGACUUAUACGACAAGAACAACAAGAAUAUGGAACAUAUUACCAGGAUCAAUAACCGAUAAAUCUAACUCUCUAAUAACCUUUAAAAAUCUCUUAAUUAAAUAUUACUAUACCGCAUUAGAUAGGAAUUAUAAUGUGGAUGAUCCUCGGUCGUGGAAAACAAUUUGCCUGAAAUGUAACCAGGCCCGGGACCUAACCAAACCUAUUGCAUGUUGUUUUUAAAUUAGAUCUGUAUCUAUAUAAUGAUGUAUUUGUGACAAUGAUGUAUGUGCGUGUGUAUGUUUGUGUAACACUGUACUUGUAGUUUACGUUUUGGUAUCAUAGUAAUUGGCCUGAAGCUGUUGUGAUUUCCUAUCACAUUUGUAAUGUUAUAUAUGUAAUUACUGUUAUUGGUCAUGUAUUCUUGUUGUGACAAAGCUUGUAAAAAAAAAUCUAGCACUGAAUUCAUGACUACGAAAUCGACACUUCAACUUGUCAUUUCAGGAUACUGACAUACUAUCAAAUGGCUGAAGCGAUGUUGCACCCUGUCCGCCAUGGGCAAAAAGUGGUCACAAUCUACUAUGGUCAUCCUGGUAUCUUUGUGUACGCCAGUCAUCGCGCCAUACGAAUUGCACACAAGCAAGGUUUAAAAGCAAAAAUGUUGCCAGGUGUGUCCGCUCUUGAUUGUCUGUUUGCCGAUUUGGGAGUAGAUCCUUCGUUUCCAGGUAUGCAAGUAUUGGAAGCAACUGAUUUCCUGGUUCGCAAUCGAAAAAUUUUGACAGACGGCCAUGUCGUUAUUCUUCAA